UCCCGCCGCUGAGCUCCACGGCCUGGUGGUGUGAUGUCUUGUCUCUAAUCCACCUGCCUGUUAUUACAGCACCAAUGAGCGUGUCCUUAUGCCACCUCUUGACAAAUGAUAAUUUCACAUUUCCUAAAUAAUUCCUGCCUCGCUUUGCGCUGGUUCAGCUGUCACCCUUUGUGACCUUUGUUUGAUUUGUCAACAUCAAAGUUGGCCAACAUGGACUGUAAGCGAGAAAGGGAGCAGGAUGCAGAGUGUGAGAAGAUAACCGCUGUGCUGCUGAAGUCACGAACGGGAGAAUUUGAUUUGGAAUCCAUUCUGUUUCUUAAGCUCAGAGGUCUUGGAGUACAUGAGCUUGGAUGCAUUGGGGAAUGUGUAAAUUUGGAGAGGCUGGACCUGUCUUUGAAUAAUGUCACAAAUCUUGGACCUCUAGCAUCUCUUCGGCUUCUCUCGGUGCUAAAUCUGUCUGCUAACAGAAUUUCUAAUAUAGAGCCACUUCGUAGUUGUGAAAAUUUACAAAAUUUAAAUUUAGCUGGUAAUAUCAUAUCCAGCACUGAGAGCCUACACUGCCUUCUUUCUCUGAAAAAGCUAGAAAACAUACGUCUGAGAGACAACACAUACAAUUACAGUAACCCAGUGUGCAGGAGCGCAUCAUACAGACCAGUUGUACUUGAGAUGUUCCCGAACAUCAAGGUGCUGGAUGGAGAGAGAGUUGUUGGACGAGGAAGUGAAUUGUACCAGUUGUGCAAAGACAUUGAUGAGACGAUUAAGGCUGGUUCAUACAAGAACGGCCAGCUUAUUGAACGUUCUGAUUGCAAGCCAUGGGUAGAAGAGGGUUACUGGGAGAUAAAGCGAUCAAACAAUGCCAUUAUUGAAGAAGCCUACAAACAGUUCAAUGAUGUUCUUCAUGAAUGCAGACUCCUGAACAACAGAGCCACUCAUGUGAUUUCCCAAACUGAGAGAUCCAUGAGCUUGAAGAAGCAGCCAAAGCAAUAUGCCAUCUGAACGGGGCUUUUUUGUACACACCUCUGUGCAACAUUGAGCAGCCUUUUUUUGCUUUGUAAUGAUGUAAUAUGACAAAUGUACUGUAGCUUUUGCAGAUAACCAUGCUAUAUCCAAAUGCUUUCUGAACAUCAUUGCCUAACACACAUGCUCUGUGCCGCAGUGUGUGGACUUUGCUGUUACUGUAUUCAUCCUAUGCAUUGGUUACAAGAAUAAUAAAUAUGUUGGUGGUUUGAAAACCUUCACUCAUACUGAUGCCCUUCAGUUUGGUUCAAAGAUGUCUUAACUUACGCAGUGUGCAUUUUGUACAAUGCCGUAGCCUGAAUUUAUGCUGAGAACUAUGCUGCUUACAAGAAUUUGUAUUGGUCUUUACUUACUGGGAGUUUAACAUUUUACAUUCCUGGUUAAAGAGUAAAUGUGUCCUACACUGUAUAUUUUUGCUAUUGUGUAUAUGCAAAGUUUGACUGAAUGAUUGUUUUGGCUCUUUCUACUUGUUUUUUACCAUAGGUUUUAUGUGUGCAACCAACUUCUUGAAAAUACAUUAUUUAUAAGCCUGUAAAAGUGUGUUUAAUCCUGACUUCCAUGUUUAUUUAGAUUAAAUUCAAAAAAUAUG